UUCGGUCUUUAUUACAAAUACUCAAAAAAGUGUUGAUGCUUUCUGUAGUAAAUCACAACCACCACCAACCAAACAGAAAUUUUAGACAUUUUAUUUGUGUGUAUCAAGCUAUGUAUCAAUUAAAAUGAAGUCAACAAAACUAAAGUUUCUUUAAUCUGAGAUCUAAAAAUCGUUUAGAAAGGACUGUCUACAGAUGGAUGUGUUCCGUGGUCAAGAAAAACUUACAACCUGCAUAAUCAGCUGUCAGUGAGAUAGAUCAUCUGUCCCUGUAAAUAUAAAAGCUAAAACAAUCAAAACACGAUUUUAUUUCGCGUAUGUAAAUAAUGAAGUGACCAAUUGUUCUAAGAUGUGAAUCCGACACUGGGCUCGGUGUGAUCCGACAUAGAGACAGAUAUGGGAUAAUAACCUAUCAAAAAGCGAGUGGAUCGCUAUGGCAGGAGCUCCGUGAGGUCACAAGGAGGGUUUCUCUUUCAGAAGGUCAGUAAAUGCCACAAUAUGUCCGGCGAUUUCCCCUUCGCGGCUAAGAUAGUGAGUCCCGUAAAGUGCAACGAAAAGCCUUGGGAUUUGUGGGUUAGUGAGAUUGGACAUCAGUCGCCUCGGCAAGAUGAAGACGGCGCAGGGUUCACGUCGCCGGCGGCGGUGGAUGGCAAGGGUAGCGCGUCCUCCCGACGACUACACGAUUCCCAUCCCUACAAAACCGCGGACAAGACUCAAGCACGGUAUCGCAGAGCCGGCGUCAACCGUCUUCGGUACGAGAGCAUGAGCUUACAUGGCUUGUUCCCACAAAUGGACAAUCUAAAUGCUGCAGUGUGUCAUAUGUGCGGAGUUAUAGUGAAGUGCAGUGCAGCUUAUAGACAUUUGCUUGAGUCUCACACUGGUGCAGAACCGAUACUACCGCCACCUCCCCCCACUGUGAAACUCAAAUCUGUUCCAGGUAGAAGUAGACAUAAAAAGGAACCUCCACCUCCUGUCCCUAUUGACAUCCUACCAGUUAAGAUGGAGACGUCUCCUGUGCAUACUGCCGCAGCUCCUAUCUCUAGGAUAGUGGUGCCACAACCUGACUUACAGUACUUGGAUGAAGCUAGCACUUCAUCAGCCAUCACUGGUGAAGUUCAAGUGAGCGUGGAGAGUGGCGAGUUACCAGUAGUCAGUAUACAGGACACAGAGGAUUUGCCCCUCGGUGAAAAUAUAACAGAUGAUAUUUUUGCAAUUAUGAACUCUGAAGGCAUUCAGAGUGCAGAUGACAUCACAAAUGCAGCUGACUGGAAGAAUAUAAUUAGAGAUAUAGGCAAUAUGCAGGAAAUUAACUUCCCAUCAACCACCGAUACUGUACAAUCACAAGACUUAUAUUCAACAGUAGAUACAUCACUAACAGGUUACUCAUUAUCUGAUACUGACCUAUCUAAUUUACAAUUUGCUCCUAGUACGUCUCCAAUGCUGUCAUCUGUGAUAGAUAAUAAUGUACUCAAUGCUCAAGCUUUAAAACCGGCACCAAGCACACCCUCUACGAAGGCGUCACGAAAAUCGAGUAAAACGAAAUUUAAUUUACGAGAAUACGAUCCGAACAAGCACUGCGGUGUGGUAACCGCUGAAAAUCCAAAACCCUGCACGAGGUCACUGACAUGCAAGGCGCACGCUCUAUCAUUGCGGCGGACGGUGGAGGGCCGGGCGAAACCCUUCGACACUCUGCUGGCGGAGCAUCGCGCCUCACGGGAUGCGGCGGCAGCCGGCAGCAACGCCGCUCCGGCCGCUCUGCACACCCCCGCACCACCAGUGCCCGCUACUCCCGUUAAUCUCCCACCGGUCCUAGUCAACACGCCGCUCGAUCUCGGCGCAUUCAACGGCCUCACGGCCGAACAGCAGGUCAACGAUAUAUACGCGAGCCUGCUGAGCGUGGAGGAUCCCGUCCUGCCUGAUACUUCAAGUAUUACGUCCUUGCUCAGUCAGCCACUGCCGACCGAUCCUUUUAUGUUGCCCGACGACGCGGAUAUCCCGAGUCACGUUCCCUUGCUGAGUAUAGCGACGCCGGCGCCGCCAGUGAGGGAGGAGAAGCUGGAGGGUCCGCCGCCGCUGGUGCCGGGCGACGUGUGCUGGUACGCGUCGUGUCCGCGACCUCUCGCCCUCUGCACGUACAACGCCUCGCACGCAGGCGGCGCUGUUACCUUAGGAAAAAAGUUUGCGACCGUUAGGAGUAACAUCAAAUCGUCCCUCUCCCGGUCGAACAAGUCCACGAGUGGUGUUAACAAUUAUUACAAUCAGAGUCUCUCGUUAUCAAAAACUCUUCAUAUGAACAAUGCUAGUAAAACGAACAAGCCAGAAGUGCGAAAAUUGAUAGUGACAUGUAGUGCGACUAGUGGGGGUAAAGAGGUGCAACAGACGUUGAACGAGCUAUUCGGGGGGGAAGUCCGACACGCGCUGAACGGUCACGUAGGCCACGCGGGGCACGUGGAGCGCAAGGUGCGCUCGGGAGCCCUGAAGAGCGCCAAGAGGCCGUCCACGGCGACGCUGGACCUCGGCUUGUCGCUCGACCCGCUGCUCGCGGACGAGAAGUGCUGAACUUUUAUAAGCAAUCACCGGUUGUGUAGUCACAUAAUUGUAUAUUUAUUUUUCUGUAAAAAUCAAAUCGGACUUGAUUGUAAAUGUUAUAAUAACGAAUUUGUCCCCAACGGAAUUUAAAUGUUACGAUAAUGUUAAAUCUCAUUUUUUUUUAUCGAAAAACGAACUAAUGUUUGUAUUAUUUUGUAUAUUAUUUAUAAGAUUUUUUUAAAACGGCGACGAAUGUCCGUCCGUCGACGGAGAAUUAAUAGAAUUAUGCAGAAUGGUUGUAUUUUUUCGAAUGAAAUAACUCACUGUUGAUACUGAAAUGAAUACUGAGAAAAGGCCUAGGAUUAAUGUUUAAUGUGAUGAAAAUUUCCAUGUAAAAAUAUAAAUACUAUUAAAAUAAGUCUAUCCGUAAUAGUAAAUCGCCUCCUUUUAAAAAUACCUCAAUAACUAAAAUAA